CGCACCCUGUUCCAACUAGUUCACCUGUUAGCAGUACCCAGGGCUGGCGUGGGUCGAUGAAGUGUUCCUUUAUCACGGAUUUCUUUAACUUGUUUGACAUUGUGUCGGUGUAAAGUAAUAACAUUAAUUCUGCUGAGUAAGUGCGAAAUCGGCAUUGCAACCAGACAUGUCUCUGCUUGCGAAACGGCACCUGUUUUCGUGGUUAUUCGUCGCGUCGAGCCUACAGGUAUCGAGUUUACAUUUCGCUCAGGCGACAUACAUCUGCACUGCAUACCUCAACGUGUCAUUUGUUGCCCCCCAAAACAACGAAACUAAGUAUCGAUACGAAGAAAUCGGACUAUACGGACAAGACUCUCCAAAGGCAUCUGUGGCUGGAAACUUAUACUUCCCUGACCCAAUAUACGGUUGUGACAGCGACACUGUUUAUGACAUCCCAAAUGGAUCCAAAGGCUGGAUAGCACUUAUACAGAGAGGAAAUGGAUGCACAUUUUCUGAGAAGAUCAACGUCGCGGCCAGUAAAGGAGCGAUUGCCGCUGUUAUAUUUAAUAAUGUCGGCAUGGAAAACCGGGUCAUACAAAUGUCCCAUCCAGGCACUGGUGACACAGUAGCCAUUAUGAUCGGACACCACCGUGGGAUGGAGAUGGUGGGUUUGCUGCAGCAGGGUAUUUCGGUAACUAUGGCAAUAGAGGUUGGGAAGCAGCACGGUCCCUGGAUGAGCCAUUACUCCGUCUUCUUCGUGUCCAUUUCCUUCUUCGUGGUGACUGCAGCCACUGUAGGAUACUUCAUAUUCUACUCGGCCCGGCGGCUGAACACAGUCCGACUGCAGAACCGCAAGCAGAAGCAGCUGAAGGCCGAAGCAAAAAAGGCCAUUCGUCAACUGCAAGUCCGCACACUUAAACAGGGAGAUGAGGAGACAGGGCCUGAUGCUGACACCUGUGCCGUUUGCAUUGAUGCGUACAAGGCUGGAGAUGUGCUGUCUAUUCUCACAUGCAAUCAUCUCUUCCAUAAGCAGUGCAUUGAGCCAUGGUUGCUGGAACACAGAACGUGUCCGAUGUGUAAAUGUGACAUCUUGAAAGCCCUGGGAGUUGAGCCUGACAUAGAGGAAGCCCCGCAGCAGAUCCCAAUGCCUCCAGAGAUGGUCUCUUUCCCCAACACGACCGAUGACGGUCGUAGCGAGACCGCCUCAUCUGGCUAUGCCUCCAUCCAGGGGACCGAGCAGCACAGCCCAGUGGAGGAGGACACUGCACACUCCAGCCCUGAGUCCAAACCUGAUCUUGGAUCUGUUCAAGUGGACAUCCAGCCACAUUACGACAACCUUGCCUUCGAGAAUGAUGCCCACAGCCAGAGAGAGGCCAGAACAUGAGUGCCGAAUACACACACACACACCCACACACACACACACACAUACAAA